AGUCAUCCUUUGUGCGUAAGUUCCCCGUCAGAUGCAGACAGCUCACCCUUGUCUAUUCAAAGGAGGCGGGGUCCAGUUGCACUGACUGAGUGUUUCAGGGUAUCUGAGAAGCAGAUAUGCCCUUUUAAAAAGUUUGAGGAGGCUCUCAGGAGAAGCCACUUCGGACUUUUACGCAUCGAGCGUCCAUGGAUGGAAAGGGGACCGAGAAGGCACCGACAGGAGCCAACAUGAGCAAUAGAUCCUUCCCUAUCUCUGACCCGAUAUGUCAAACGGAGGACGCUCCUUUCGCCAUGGAUGUCAUCCGCAGGUUUGGUGUCUUUGACUACAUCCUGUAUGGCAUCUUGACCUUCAUGGCAACAGUUUCUUUGCUGGUCUUCUUAGAGGAAUGUAUCUACAUCUAUAGGAAAGUACCUGCCAAUAAGAAGAGUCUCAUCAUCUGGGUGAAUGGAGCAGCACCGGCGAUUGGCACCAUGUCAUGUCUGGGGAUGUGGAUCCCCAGAGCUACCAUGUUUACUGAUAUGUUCUCUGGCUGUUACUUUGCCAUCGUGGUGUUCAAGUUCCUGAUCCUGAUGGUGGAAGAGGUGGGUGGCGAUGAGGCGUUUCUGAAGCGUGCAGGAAAAUAUAAACUGAAGAUCAGCACGGGGCCUUGUUGCUGCUGCUGCUGUUGCCUGCCAGAGGUGGCCAUCACACGACGCUCUCUCUUCCUGCUCAAACUUGGCUCCAUCCAGUUUGCCGUCCUGAAGACUGCCUUCACCAUCUUUUCCAUUGUUCUCUACACCAACGACAACUACCACGUGAGGGAAAUAAGUGCUACAGAGGUUGCAAUAUGGAUCAACUGUUUUGUAGGCGUCUUGACAAUCACAGCUUUGUGGCCUGUUGGCAUCACGUUUAUGCACCUGAAGAACACCCUGCGAACAAUAAAGAUCGUCCCGAAAUACGCCAUGUAUCAGCUGCUCCUGAUUCUUUCCCAGCUGCAGACAGCUAUUAUCAACAUCUUGGGCACGAAUGGCACCAUCGCCUGCUCUCCACCUUUCCCCUCGCCUUUCAGAGGAUACAUGAUGAGCCAGCAGCUGCUGAUCAUGGAGAUGUUCAUCAUAACGAUGGUGACACGGCUGCUCUAUAGACGACAGUACGAUCCUUUACCUGAAGAGCAGGAUGCCAAUGAAAACACCAGGAUGACUGACUUAACACAGUCUCCAUGAGAACUAAAUUGUGUUAAUGUGUGUAUGUAUGUGUGUGUGUGCGUUUGUAUGUUUGAUUCAUAUUUUCUUUCAAGUAUUUGAUUAAGACAUUGCAUAUAUUCAAAAUAACAAAUAUGAAUUAUAUGUAAAUGGGUCGUGUGGCUACUCAUUAAGGUUACCGGGCUGCGAGUCCGCUACAAAGUGUUGAUUGACAGGAUACUCAGGUCAUGUACAGGCAUGUGAAAUGAAUAAGAACAUCCCGUCCCGUUUUUUUUUCGUACAAAGUAAGUGGGACUAAAAAACAAAACAGCUGAAAGAACAUUUUGUAGAGUAUCUGGUUACCUAAUGUCAUCCAACGAUUCAGAGAACCUGGAGAAAUCUCCGUGCACAAGUGACAAGACCAAAAAUCGAUAUGGAUGCAUGUGAUAUUCAGGUUGUAAAACAACACUGCAAUAAAAACAGGUGUCAUUCUA